UUAUUUCUAAAAGGUUAAAUUUCCAAUUUCUGACCGUUUAAUCAAUAAAGCUAAGCCGGUUCUAUCAAUAUCGAUGAGUGGAGUUUCUUAAAUCCGUUAACAGCAAAUUCGUGAAAGCAUCGAACUGAUCAACUGCUAGGUUAAAAAAGGCCGCUUAAAAAGAUGAUGGAUGCCCCUAGUGUGAAGUUAUGUCUUUUACUAAUCGCAUUUUCACAUCAUAUCCCAAAUGGUGUUUGUUUCAAAGAACCGAGGAAAUAUUUACCGAACGAUUUAGCUGGAAUGAGCAGUACAAUUGACACGGAGUCCUCGUUUAAGAUAACUGAUAAUUUUGCUGAUUCAAACCCUAUAUCUCGUUCAGUAGUGCCCUUAAAUCAGAAUAAGAUGAGUCAUACCAAGUUAAAAUUACAAAAUGAGAACCUCAACGGAAAAAAACUGACAGCCCGUUUGAGCAGUGUGGCCGAUAAUAUUCAGUUUGAAGCCGAACAACGCAAAGGGGAUGUUCCUUCUGUAACCACUACUACUACCAGAGGAACUCCGAUGCAAGGGAAUGAACAAACAAAUGUUCCUCGAACGAACAACGAAAGUACAGUAAAUAAGAACCUUACAAAAACUCUCGACUCAACUGGUAAUGACAAAAUAAGUGAGUCCAUCGACUUCGAUUCGCCGGAGCCCUCCGAGGCAGAAAUGAAUAGCACUUUAAAGGAGCACAACAUUACAAAAUCAUUCGAAGAUAAUCAUCUGUAUUAUAAGAGUUCGUGGGCGAACGAGCGCAAGAUAAGUGACGAAUUCUGGGAAAAGCAUGCUUCAAAUCUUACAGUAAAUAAGCUGUUGUCAAAUUCGCACCGUCGAGCAACGACAAUGCUUCUAUCUUUCGAUUUUCCAUACUAUGGAUUUCCCAUACGAAAUAUUACCAUUGCAAGUGGUGGAUUCUUAUAUACUGGAGACUACGUUCAUUCUUGGUUAGCCUCUACUCAAUAUAUUGCUCCAUUAAUGGCAAAUUUUGAUACGGCCUUAUCGGAUAGUUCGUUUGUUAAGUAUAGUGACGAUGGGCAAUCAUUUACUGUAGUAUGGGAGAAUGUUUUUUUGCAAGACCGUCCUAAUAACGGCUCGUUCACAUUUAGUGUAAUGUUGAAUAAGUCUGGUGAUAUAGUGUUUGCAUACAAAAAAAUUCCGAUCGAUAUUCAACAAAUAAUCGAUAACCCGUCAACCAAGCAUCCAGUAAAAAUUGGACUUUCCGAUGCAUACAUAAUUGACAAAACGAUCAUACGUACAAAGCAAAAAACAAUUUACGAAUACCAUAGAGUCAACUUUGGUCAAUCCGAAGUUCGAAAUGGAACCAUUAUUACGCUUACGGCGCUUCCGACUUGCUUUUCGUUCAAUGACUGUGGCUCCUGUAUUUUGCACGUUGGAGCAGAUUUUAAGUGUCUCUGGUGUCCAACCAUUAAUCGUUGUUCCACUGGAACCGAUCGAAAGCGUCAAGAUUGGAUACAGAAGGGAUGCGACAAAACGAUCAUUUCUGAUGAAACACAAUGCCCGGCCAUAGGGCAGAAAGGAAAUAAUUUUGGCGAGCCUAUUGAAAUAACGACCCACAUAUCGGAUAUGCAUAAUGUGACGAACGACUAUCGUAAAUUACCUUCACAUACUGUAACUACAACUACACAGCUUUUGACAGAAUCCUCUAGAAAUAUUAGCACGGAAAUGACAAUAGACAAAAAUAACAGUGUUACUAGAGUGCGCGCAUAUCAUUCCGAGCCGCAUCACACCUCUUCGAACAGUAACCUGUUGGUGUCGAUGUUGAUUUUCAUUGUGAUAUGCUUUGCUUGUAUCGCUUGGAUAGUUUACGCUUAUCGAAACCCGCACACAAAGAGUGGACAGCUCCUGAUAAGGUAUCGUCCUAACAAGUGGUCUUGGCGACGAGGAGAGGCCCGAUAUACUGCCGCAACAAUCCACAUGUGAGUUAGAAAGCUAUACUGGGAGCUUUUAACUCUGGUGUCCGUCCAACUCUCCAGCACCUUAAGUUUCCAUUUGUGAUCUUGUCGCUGUGUAGUCCAUAUAUCCUCAAUUGUAAUUUUUCACAAGUAAAUUUGGUAAUACGGUCCAUCUGCUCCCGAA